UCGAGUUGUCCUCAAUUUAUUUAUUUUUUCUGUUAUUUAAUAUAUAAUUAGAGUUUCUCCGCGUAAUAUGUCAUAUAAGAAUUAUGUCAACUCACUGAACAAUGAAAAUAUAAAGAAAAUGUCCGAAUUACCCGUGAUCCAGUGGAAAAAUGUGGAUGUUCUCGAGUGGGGCAAAAAGUUGGGUUUUUCUGCGGAAAUUUUGCAAAUAUUUCGCGACGAAAAUGUUUGUGGUCAGGCAUUGUUGUGUCUCACGGAACAAGAUAUUGUCUCGCUAAAGACCGUCUUCAACUAUCACAACCUCAAAUUGGGCGACAUUAAGCGCAUUUGGAGUGCCGUAAAGCAAUUGCAACGCGCCAAUGGCCAAACAAUCUCGUAUUUGACGGAAUCGACGUAUUUGCAUCACGUAGCUGGACACCAUCAUCACGGUUCGAUACUGCAUCACGACUCGACGGGACAAUUUAGCGAUUGUUUGACGGAUCGCAUUACGCCUCCGUGCUCCAUCGAUGGCAGAGCCAGCUGCAAACCAGAAUUUUUCAAGACAAUAGUUAGCUUAGGCUACGCUUUUUUGGUGACAUGGAUCACAGCUUUCGUAAUGGUAGUUGUACACGAACGAGUGCCCGACAUGAAACGUUAUCCGCCACUUCCGGACAUCUUCCUCGAUAACGUGCCGACAAUCCCGUGGGCCUUUCACAUGUGCGAGCUAACUGGCACUCUCCUCUUCUCCAUCUGGGUUUGUCUUCUCGUCACGCACAAACAUCGCAUGGUGCUCCUACGUCGCUUUUUCGCACUCGCCGGCACCGUUUUCCUGCUGCGCUGCGUCACGAUGCUCAUCACGAGUCUCAGUGUGCCCGGCACGCAUUUGGAGUGCACUCCAUCCGACAAAUACGAAGGCAGCGAACGCCUCAUCGACAUGUUCGCGUCGCGCAUCAAUCGAGCUUACACCAUCUGGAGCGGGCUUGGCAUGACAAUCCAGGGCGUUCGAACCUGCGGCGAUUACAUGUUUUCCGGUCAUACCGUUGCUCUGACGCUGCUGAAUUUCUUCAUCACGGAAUACACGCCGCGAAAUUUGUACUUUUUACACACACUCACGUGGCUCCUCAACAUGUUUGGCAUCUUUUUCAUCCUCGCGGGGCACGAACAUUACUCCAUCGACGUUUUUGUCGCGUUUUACAUCACGUCGCGUCUCUUUUUGUACUAUCACACGCUCGCCAACAAUCACGCGCUCAUGUCACACGACUCGAAUCGCACCCGGAUCUGGUUCCCGAUGUUCAGCUACUUCGAGAGCAGCGUCGACGGCAUCAUCCCGAACGAGUACGACAGCAUUUCGGACAUUUGCACGAAACUUUUUGACGUGCUCGUGUCGUGCAAGGACAUUUGCAUGUUGACGGGACGUCGUUUCUGGAUGCAGUUGCCCGAGACGAUGAAUCAGUUCAAUUCGACGGUCGAGAAACAAAUCAAAGUUCCGUUUGCGAAUAAUACGAGCAGUGGCAACGGCAAGAAAGAAACUUCCAAGUCUGCCAGCUCAUCCACGACAAAUCUCACGACGACAAGUCCAAAGUUGCGACGCUCCACGGGAAAUUUGGUGCUGAAUAACAAUGAGACGCUCGUGCGUCAAAAUGCCGUCAAAGAUCAGAAUCUUCCAAGGGAAUGCACGCCGACGAAAAAAUGCGUGAAAGUAGAAUUAAUUUCUAGUCCUCCGCACUCACAUACGAGCCCCGAAAGUAGUCUUCUCGCAACUAUUUUUAAGAAAAAAAUCUUUGCCAAGCAAAUUUUGGUUUUAUUGCGAACCAAAUCGAUGACAUUGCUACAAAAAAAUAAACUAAAUAACAUUUUUUGCAAACAAAUGAACAAAAAAAAAGUUAACACGUACGCCAAAUAAAUAAAUGUUUAUUUAUUGUUAUUGUAAAGUGUUGAGCAGACCUUUUUCGACCAAUAUUAGGCACAAACACAAUUCUGUUAAAAUUUUUAAUUCGGAGCAAAAGCACUUUACGUUCUUAGGUGUCCUUUCUAAAAAUAAGAAAAAAAAUAAAUUGUUACAAAAAAUUAUGAUUUAUAGAGUUUAAGAACGCUGUUGAACAGUAAAAAUUGUAUUAAUUAAAAAUAAUGAAGAAAAAAGUUCUAAACUUUGUUGAUAUUGUCACAUGAAUAUUGUAAUUUUGUCGUAGAGGUUGUUCUCCUCCAUUUUUCCGGUAAUUUUAAAUAAAUUUAUGAAAAAAUUAAAUAUUAUCGUAGUAUUAAUCAUUUUAAUAGAAUAAAUAAAUGAAUCAAAUUCGUAGCUAUUUAAUAAAAGAAUUUAUAGUUUUUUUUUAAUUUUUUGUUAAUUUUUGAUUCAAUUUUAUGAAGUUUU